GUUUGUAUAAAAGGUAACGAUUGUCUCAAAGUACACAUACCACUUAAAGAAUCUUUCAUCGACACAACAAACAAAACCAACAUGUUCGGAAAGAUCGUUUUUCUUGCUGCAAUGGCAGUAGCAUCCGCAAAGCCGGGAUUUGCACCAGUUGCAGCUCCACUCAUCGCUGCACCGGCUCCGCUUGUAGCAGCACCUGCACCUUUUGUAGCUGCUUCUAGCUCUCAAUAUAUCUCCAGAAACUACAACGGUUUCAUUGCGGCUGCCCCUAUUGUAGCAUCUGCUCCAUUUAUUGCACCGGCACCAUACUCGGUGCCUGCGCCUUACUCUGUUGCUGCUCCCUACUACGCAGCAGCAGCUAAAUUCUUAGCUCCCUCAGCACCUUUAGUUGCCGCUACUUCCCCUUACUACGCCCAGUCAGCUCCAUUUGUUGCCCUGAAAUAGAAGACAUAAAAUUAAUUUCCGAACUAGAAUAAAUGAAUUGAAUAAUUUA